AGUCAGUGUAUAUGCGUUUCAACCGAAUGCCUGGUUCCGUAAUUUGUACCUUGUCUAUAUGACAUUAGUUUUUUUAUUAAGCAGUGCCUUAAUUUGUCGAAGUUUAUGAAAACUUUAGUUCUGGAUGCGGUUCAUCCAAAUACUCAUAUACAAAGACAUCUGUCGUCUGCAAUUGAUUGUUAGGGAAUUAUCUUCUUUAAAGAUGAUGGUAAUGUGAUCAUUUUUUUAGUUCUUUUAGACCUUGUUGGUUUUUCUGUUAGUUGUAUAUGCUAUUAUUUUCGCAAUUAAAUGGUUCAUUCGUCAUCGAAAACAUGUUAUGCACCGUGAUUUAAUGGAGAAAUAUGGUGUUCCAGCCAAUCACAAGAUUGUUGGGUUCUUUCAUCCUUAUUGUAAUUGUGGGGGUGGCGGUGAACGUGUUCUAUGGACUGCAAUUAAGUGUAUGUUAGAAAAAUAUAAAAACAUAGUAAUUGUUAUUUAUACCAAUGAUGCAGAGUGCCUUUCAAAUCCUGAUAAAGUCUUCAGUAACAUCCGAAGAAUAUUUGGAAUAUAUUUCAAAAAACCUUCCGAUUCUUCUGCUAUACAUUUUGUACCACUAAAAUCAGAGAUAUUACUAACUCCGAAGCUAUAUCGUUUAUUCACACUAGCUGGUCAGGCUUUUGGUUCAGUUCUAGUUGGAUUGGAAGCUAUCUUUAGAUGCCCACCGGAUGUAUAUAUUGACACCACCGGAUUCGCUUUUACCAUACCUCUAGCCAAAUGGUUAUGUAAUUCACAGACAGCGGCUUACGUACAUUAUCCAACUAUAUCGUCUGUUAUGUUGCAACGUGUAUCGUCCUCAUUGUUCUCAAAAAAUAAAAAUGAAAUAGUUUUAACUUAUAAUAAUCGUGAUUGGGUUAGAAAUAAUAGGAUCUUUUCCAGCAUAAAAUACUUAUACUACAACCUUUUUAUCAAAGCUUACAAAUUCUCUGGUUCAAGCAUAAAUGUCGAUGUUGCAAUGACGAAUUCAUCUUGGACUCAAAAGCAUAUUCAGUCAUUAUGGGGUGGAAAGCCUGUUGUGCUCUAUCCUCCUUGUCCCGUCGAGGAUUUGGAAGGGAAAUUAGUCAGUGAUCAAAGAUUUAAGUGGAUUUUAUCUGUCGGCCAGUUUAGACCGGAAAAGAAUCACGAGCUUCAGUUAGACGCUUUCCAUCACUUCCUUAGCCGUCACGAGUCAGCAAAAGGCGAUGAAAAACACAAGUUCAAGCUUCUUUUAAUAGGUGGCUGUCGGGAUGACAAUGAUUUUGCCCUUAUCUCAAAACUUAAAGACCAGGCUGCUACACUGAAACUUGGAGAUACUGUAGAAUUCCACAUUAAUUUACCUUAUCAGGAGUUAAAAAGCUAUUUUGGACGUUGUUCUGUUAAUUUGCACACUAUGGUGGAUGAACAUUUCGGAAUAAGUGUUGUGGAAGGCAUGGCAUCAGGUCUUAUUACGAUUGCUCACAGAUCCGGUGGUCCACUUACUGAUAUAAUUGGACCCUCAGAAACUAGUUCAUCUUCCAAUCAGUUAGGAAAUUCAGGUGUUGGAUUUCUUGCGUCUACAGUAGAUGAAUACGCAAAUAUUUUCGAAUUGGUAUUACUGAAAAUGUCUGAAUCACAAAUCGAUGCCAUACGGAAAAAUGCGAUCCAGUGGGUACAUGAAAAAUUUUCUGAGGAUUGUUUCACCAGGGGUUGGAUUGAUCAAAUGAAUAUAUUCGAUUUGGAGUCAAUUUCAACAUGAUAAGCGAAACCGAUAAUAAAGAACUUAUUGUGAUAAUCUUCGAAAGAUUCUCUUAUGUAUCAAAUUGCCUAUGCUGUUUUACAAUAUUUAUUAUCGGUCCCAUUAUGAAUAUUCUUUAUUUGUACUGUAUUUUUGAUUUAUACAAAAGACAUUUAUGCGAGUUAAUUAUCUUAUGAUGGCUAGAAUUUCGUACCAAUCGUUAUUUAUUCAGUUAAUAUAUCAGUUUAGACUUGUUUAUUAACUACAUGGUGACAAAACUUAGUAUUGCGUAACAGAGAUUCAGUAUGUAUCAGAAAAGAAAUGGAAAUACAAUUAAUAAG